GUAUUUCUGGCGAAAAGGUGUCAAAAAAAAGUGUGAAACGUCAAAAAAAUAAUGCAUGAGGAAAUAAAAUUAUUUCCAAAAGAAAAAGAGUGUGAAAAAAGUGCGCAAAAAAGCGAGAGUGAAGUGGAAAAAGUGCGUGCGUGAGAAGUGAACGUCGCAAAGAUACGGCGGAAAAUGUGGUCAUUCUUUUCACGGGAGAAAAAUGAUUUUCCAUAUGAGAUUGGGGAUGAGGUGCGGGGGGGACUGGAGACCUGGUCAAUUUGGAGCCUGCACCGGGGUAGGAAGAAAGGGGCUGCGGCGGAGGAGGUGUCGAUCUUUGUGUAUGACAUCAAGAAUGGCACAGAUGCAAAAUUGGAGCUGGCCAGGGCGUCCGUGAAGCGCCUGAAGACACUCAGGCAUCCCAGCAUAAUGCAGUACCUGGACAGCGUGGAGACCGACAAGGUGCUGUACGUGGCCACGGAGGUGGUGGAGCCACUUGGAACACAUAUCGAGAAAUUGGAAACAGAUGGACCACAGAGAGAUCUCUACCUGUCAUGGGGAAUCUUUCAGAUUACGAGAGCCUUAUCAUUUCUCAACAAUGACGGAAGUUUGCGCCACAACAACGUGUCCGUAUGGUCGGUAUUUGUCAAUACGUCGGGCGAAUGGAAGCUCGGGGGUUUGGAGUACGUGUCACCCGUGGAUGGGAAUCCGACACCACCGCUAAAGGUGCCGCCGCAGCUGGAGCUGUACGAUCCACCGGAGAAGGCGGAUCCGGCAAAGCUCAAAAGUGCCACAAAGUGCUCAGCGGACAUGUGGGCGCUCGGGUGUCUCGUGUGGGAGUCAUUUAAUGGGAAAUUGCGUGCCAGGAGUAAUCUCAAGGAGAUUGAAAAUAUCCCCAAGAGUCUCACACCCCUUUAUUGCGAACUAGUGGGUGCCUUGCCGGCAAAACGACCCAAUCCCGCUGAUAUUAUUACAAAAUGCCGCAAACCCGGGGGAUUCUUCAAGAAUGACCUCGUUGACACACUCCUCUUUCUCGAGGAGAUUCAAAUUAAAGAUAAAGCCGAGAAGAAUCGCUUCUUUGGCUCACUCACGCAACAACUGGAUAACUUCCCGGAAAAUGUGUGUCGCCACAAGAUACUGCCGCAGCUGAUAACGGCCUAUGAGUACGGAGAUGCAGGUUCGGCUGUUUUGGGGCCAAUGUUCAAGCUGGGGCGUCUCCUUGAUGAGACAGAGUACCAAAAGCGCAUUGUUCCGUGUGUCGUGAAGCUCUUUGCUUCCACGGACAGGGUGACGCGUUCACGGCUGCUGCAGCAGUUGGAUUUGUUUGUUUCACACCUCCAGCCGAAUGUGGUGAAUGAUCAAAUUUUCCCACAAGUUGCUCAUGGGUUCCUCGAUACGAAUCCCACAAUUCGCGAGCAAACGGUCAAAUCGGUGAUCCACUUGGCGCCCAAGCUCAACUACAACAACCUCAAUGUGGAAGUUUUGCGACAUUUUGCACGGCUUCAGGCACGCGAUGAUCAGGGUGGCAUACGGACAAAUACGACGGUUUGUUUGGGCAAAAUUGCACCACAUCUGCAUCCACAGGUACGCCAGCGAGUCCUUGUGUCGGCCUUCAUUAGGGCCAUGAAGGAUCCCUUUCCACCAGCUCGUGUUGCUGGAAUCCUUGCACUAGCCGCCACGCAGCAAUAUUUCCUCCUUACGGAAGUUGCCACGAGAAUUCUUCCGGCUCUUUGUUCCCUGACAACGGACCCGGAAAAAUCUGUCCGUGAUCCGGCAUUUAAAACAAUCAAAGGAUUUCUUGGGAAGCUAGAGAAAGUGUCUGAAGAUCCGAGUCUCAAAGAAACAAUGGAGGCUGAUGUUCAUACAGCAACGCCAUCAUUGGGGAAUGCAGCAGCAACAUGGGCAGGUUGGGCUGUGACGGCAGUUACGGCAAAAUUCUACAGGAGUCAGAGUGAUUCCUCACGACCACGUCCGCCACUAACUAGUAAAACUCUCAGUAAACCUGCAUCACUUGAACAACCCUCGAGUAGUAGCUUGUCCACGACGACAUCCAGUGUGACCUCCAUGACGUCCCUGGAGCACGAGAGCAAUGACACAUCCGCGUCCGCAAGUGACUACGGUGCCGACAACUGGGACAAUGAGAAUUGGGGCGACAUGGACACAUCGCAGGAUCCGAGCAGUCCAACAGUUGGCAAUGCAAUGCCAAUUGGUUCAUCGGCACUGAAUGCAGCAGGAGGUUUGGAAAUUCGUGAUGGAUGGGACAAUGAGGAAUGGGGGAGUUUGGAAGAAGAACCGAAUGAGGAGAUUGAGGAGAAGCAUGAAUUGGAACAAAUAAACGAUAAAGCCAAACCAACAAUGAAUUGCAACAAUCUCAGUCCCGUCAGUGAUAAUAACACGAAUUUCAAUUCCAAUUGGAACAGUGAUUCCUGGGCGGAUGGAGAAUUUGAACCCAUUGACGACGUAACAACGGGUAAUCCAAAAUUGGACGAGGCACGUCGGAAACGUGAGGAGAAGAAAUUGCAACGACAGCGUGAAUUGGAGGCCCGACGGGCGGCACGUGGUCCGCUUAAAUUGGGCGCCAAAAAACUCUAAAACAACCUCCACCCCCUCUACCCGAUUUCUUGUUGUGAUUUUCCUUCGUGCAAUGGUGGUAUUAAAAGUAAAAAAUUAAACAAGAAAAAUGUGAAAGUGGGGAGGUUUUUUUUUAGCUAAUGAAGAAAUAAAUGAUAAAGAAAAAAAUCUAUUUGAUAAAUACAGGUUCUAUACGUACUUUCUAAUAGAGUAUAUAUAAAAAUAUAAAAUACAAUUCCAUUUGAAAAAGAAAACUUUAUGAAAAUAUCGCAUUUUACACACUCUGUGCGUCUUCAUGUCACGAGGAAAUACUUUUUGAGAAUUAAGAAAAGGAAUUCUUUAAGAAAAAAAUGAUUAAUUUUGGCUCGUCGUGAGUGAAAGAUUCCUCUUCCUCGUGACGAAAUGUGGGGAUGAUGGGAUUAAAAAGCAAGAAUUAUAAUGAAUUUUCUCUUUAACACAAAAAUAUCGAUUUGUAUGAUGUUGUGAGAUAUUCCUCGAAUUUUCCUCAAAAAAAAAAACAAGAAAUCUACCGAUAGACUUAAGCCAGGUGAGAAAAUCUUAUUAAAUGUGAGAGAAAGGUAACGCGUGUGGACGAGAAAGAUGUGUUUUGUGUGUAAAUGUUUAACAAAAGAAGAUGAUAAAAAAAGUCCUUUUUAACUCCAAGCUAAUCCUUCGUGUUUUUCCUUUCUUUUUGAUCGCCCCACACAAGACCAAAAGAAAACUUCUGAAGCGUUAGGAUAAAAGACUCAAUUAAAAAAUCUCCAUCUGUUUUUUCUGACUACAAAAAUAAGCAAAGAAUCCUGUAAUGUGGGAAGGUACAGUGUGGUUUUUGCAUAGUUCAGCUUUAGUUUUUUAUGCAAAUCAUUGGGUGGGUGGGAUUUGCUGCUCAACAGUGCAGAGAAUGAGAUUUUGCUGCUAUUUUUUUCUUCUUUUUUUUCUAUCCAAAAAAGGGAGAAAAAAUUAAUUUUUCUUGUUCUCCUCCUAUAGAUUAAAGCUGUUCUAUGUAAUCUCACUGUAUUGUUAAACACAACACACACAGAUUGUGUUCGAAGGUGUGAAGAAAUUAUUAAUAUAGAAAAAGAAAAACUUAUAAAUGGCCUUUUAUAAAAGAUAUUUAAAGAAGAAAAAAACAUUAAACUGAGAGGAAGAUUCAUUGAAAUUUUAUGAGAUAAAAAAAAAGUAAAUUCAGAGAGUUUAAGAGAUAAAUAAAAAAAAUUGUCUAAGGAAUUAAAAAAAAUCAUAUAAAAUUAUUUUCUAUCGUGAAGAGAAAAACUGAUAUUUAGAAGAGGAUGAAAAAAAAGAAGUGAAAACCCCAAAAAACAUCUUCAUUAGCCUUUUUCCUCCUUCUCUUCAUUCACAAUGUCCACUGUCCAGCGUCCUUUGGCGUCCAUCCACCCCCCUCAAGUUCUUUUCUCACUCCAAAUUAAUUCUCUCGUCAAGCCAUCGUUGCUUCCACUUUUUCCUCCAAAUUUUAAAAGAAAAUACAACAACAAAGUACAUUUAAAAAAAUGCAGAAUAAAUCAAAUUUCUAGUCCAAAAAAAACGGCAUGAGAUUGUAGAAGAAAUUCCGCGCGAAAAUUUGGUGAGAGAUGCAAAAAAAAAGAAUUUGUUGUAAAAGUGUAACUAAUUUUAUUUUUUACUUUAUGUGAUUCAAAAUACAUUCACAUAAAUUAAAUUAAAAGAAAAAACAACCA